UUUUUGACAAGGAGCAGUUGGUGCAUGAGAAAAUAAGCCGAACGGGCGAUAAGGCGAGCAUUCGAGUGCAUUUGCGGAAUCAGUACGGCUGCUGAAGUCUGUGGGGAUAGUGAAAAUGGUGACGGUGGUGGAAUCUUUUGAGAAUCUCCUGCGCACGGCGCAGGAUGUGUUUGUGAGGCAGUUUAAGGGAUCUCCUGACGUUACUGCAUGUGCUCCAGGACGCGUGAAUCUAAUUGGAGAGCACAUUGACUACAACGAUGGCUUCGUUCUGCCGAUGGCUCUACCGAUGGUUACGUUGAUUGUGGGCGCGAAAAAUGGCACGGAUUCCCAGGUGAACCUCGUGACGUGCUGCGAGGGCGUGGAUGAGCCACGCCGGUGUUCUUUCGACAGUCGCCACGUGGCCAAAGGAACUCCCCAGUGGGCGAAUUAUGUCAAGGGAGUCUGCCAUCACUUCCCUCAUCCCAUUCCUGGCUUCAAUGCGGUCAUCGUGAGCAAUGUGCCCGUGGGCGGUGGCCUCUCGAGCAGUGCAGCCCUGGAAGUGGCCACGAUUGCCUUCCUGGAGGGCCUGACGGGCCACAAGAUUGCAUCCGAGGCGGACAAGGCGAUUACGUGUCAGAAGGCGGAGCACAGCUUCGCCGGAAUGCCGUGUGGCAUCAUGGAUCAAUUGAUAUCUGUCAUGGGACAGGAGAAACAUGCCCUGCUUAUUGACUGCCAGAAUGUCUCAGCGCGCCAGAUUCCCCUGAUAAGCGACGAGCUGGUCUUCCUCAUUUGCAAUUCCAAUGUUAAGCAUGAAUUGUCCUCGAGUGAGUAUCCAACCAGACGAAGGCAAUGCACAGAAGCGCUGGCCGCCAUGGGACUGUCCAGCUAUCGAGAUGCCACAGUGUCUGAGCAUCUCAGUGCCGUGAAGGAUCCCAUUCUGCUCAAGAGAGCCCGUCAUGUCAUUACAGAGAUCCAGCGCACUUGUGAGGCAGCCGAAGCACUCUCCCGGCAGGAUUUCCCCAUGAUGGGUCGUCUCAUGACAGAGUCCCAUAAGUCUCUGCAGCGGGACUUCGAGGUGUCCUGUCGCGAGUUGGAUCUGCUCGUUGAGGCUGCCGUGGCGUGUGAGGGUGUUUUGGGGUCUCGCAUGACUGGAGGGGGAUUUGGUGGCUGCACGGUGACACUCGCGAGAAAAUCCCACGUCCAGAAGGUGAUUGAUCACAUUGCCGAAGUCUAUUGCACUUCUGGAGGCACUCCGACUUUCUACAUUGCCACCCCGAGUGCAGGCGCUCGCUUGAUUUCAUCGUGAGAGGAGCAGUGACUCGAUUCCCUGAUCGAAUUACAUUCCAUCCAUUCCACAUGGAAACGUGUAAGAAUCGUAAAUCAGUUUCACAUUAAAUUCAGUGGGAAUUUAAAUUUCAGUGCGUGUCGUUUGGAGGGUAAUUUGAGAAAUUGAUUCAAGUGCAGCGAUUGUCAGAAGAAUGGUAUAAGGAAGAUUAAUCGAAUGGUAUU